AUGUUAAAAAGUCACGUUGUCGAUCAUAUUGUUGAAACAUCACCUGAGGAUGAGGGGGAUGAGGAAGAGGGUACUGCGCAUGAUGAUGAUGAACCAACUGAUCCGCGAACUGCGCUCUUGGAGGAGCUCAAUUCCAUGCGCCUUACUACUAACUAUUUCAACAAGGCCAGGGAAAUAGCUACUGCGUCGCACCAAGCCAGCGCUUACCCGGGUCCGCCUCGGACAUUUACUGCCGGUAACAUUGCUAUCCAUCUGAACUACAAUCCCACCCGCACUGGAAUGAAACUUGAUGACAUCGCUGACACUUUCAACAUACCAGGGCUCCACCAUGCUCUUUCUGACUUCUUGCAACGUGAUGCAAGGAACCGAAACCUAAUUCAUGGAGUUGGAGUUCCAAGAAGAUCUCUUAUUGACCGUCCUCUGACUCUUCCCUUUGAUCGUGCUCAAGUAUGGCACACGGUUCGCUUACAACAGGUUUCAUAUCAUGAUUCGAGCGCUGCCUUACCAGCGCAAACCUUGCACACCUCUCCUUCAUCCCCCGAGUGGUUGAAAGGCCGACGGGAUGCUGUCCUUGUCAAUAUUGAUGGACAGUAUGAAUGGCCCCAGUCUGGAUUAAAGGGUAAGCCUCUUUCUAUUCAUCAAGUUGGCUUAUGUGUAUUGGCCCCCUCAGGACACACUGUCUGCGAAUUGCAGGUUAUCAUGCGCCCGAUGCCUCGACGAGGUUCUCGUAUUGGAUGGCGAGAUCAGUACAUAUGUUAUGUCCACAACAUGAAGAUUGGUGCGGUUGAUCCUGUUACUGAGAUGCACGUUUUGAAGUGUGCUAGGCAUGCUAAUGGUACUCCAGUGGGUGACAUAGUUCCCCUCCGGCAAGUUCGUUCGUUUAUCAAUCUCAUUCCUCAAUUUGGGGCAGUAGCGGAUGCACGGUUGACGAAAGCGACUUUAUCACAUUAUUCUUCCAUCUUUUUUUUUGAACAAGUAUUUUGA